AUGGAUCCACUGGUUGCGGCAGCUGCCUCCAACAGGGAAUUAAGCCUCUUACUCAAGCUGCCCGACGAGAUCCUCUUGGUCAUUUUGCAACUGCUUCUACCAGAUGUUCGAGACCUCUUUUACAUCCGUCGGGUUUGCAGAAAGCUUCGACACCUUACUGAUGAUAACUCGUUGAGGUCCAAUCUGUUCUGGACAAACUGGUUGCAGAACAUACGGCCUGCCUCUCACAUGCUCUUUCCUGACCGUUUCGUCAGCAGAGAGAACAAUCGAAGCAGCUUUGGAAUAGUUCCACCGCUACGGAUUCCGGAAUUCGAAGCGAAUCUCCGUAAACAGACACUUUGCAAGCCGGAGGGACGCCUACGGUUGUGUGAGCACGUGUCCAUUGAUUGGGCUGAUAUCGAAGCCCACCUGAUGGCAUCGUCGAGAAAAGAGGACUUCUUUGAGGCCGUGUCAGACUUCCAUAUUGUCUGCAAAGAUCCUAGCCACAACUUUCCAUGCAAAUCCACGUCGCGCGGAUCCCCUUCGGAAGCAUCCUGCAAUGAUCACACAUGGCCAUGUGCACGACUCAGCUUGAAUCGAGACGCGACCCUCUUUUACAUGACACCUAUCACGCUGGUGUUAUGUUGGAAGCCGCAUUCGAGCUCAAGAAUACUCACAGUGCCCGAGAAUGGACAGCUUGAGGCAACAAAACUUCGGGAGUUGUACAACGACUAUGGACAGAAUGCCGCUCGAUUUAUUGUCCCAGGCCCUAGCCAAGCCCCCAUACCGGAAAUGCUUUGCUUUGACCCCGAUAAGUGUGGCCACGUUCUGUAUAGAGCUGGCCAGAAACCUCAGUCAGGACCCUGGUUUUGCAGUCAACACCACUCGGGAAAGCCUGGACCAUUAGCACCAACCGAGAUUCUUCUGGAUGAAGACCACCAGGAUGUAUCUCGCUUCGCUGGACUUGGUUGGACUGACCACUACGUCGAGUUCAACGAAGCCCGAGGGCAGAGUGGCGUCUACGUCUAUGACUGCGACGACGAUCACAAUGUGAAGGACGGAGCUCGAUGCCUGAUGACCUCAUAUAGACGAACCAUCUCGCUCGGCGCGGUCGACAGUCGUCGGCCGGAGGCCCUGAAUCCGAGCCACCAGUGGUUCCACGCGAUAGACCAGGACUCAUACCCGAGCACACAGGCAGAGGGGGGCCUGUGGUCGAAGCUGACGGCCUACUUUCGAGCUGACCCACCCGAAUCUCGGCCGAGAUGUCGAGACACUGCUUGCAGGAAUUACUACCAGUCGCCAGGCCCUUGGCAUGAGGACAACAUGCAUUGGCCGCAUCCCGAUUCCAUGGCCUGA